AGAAACAUGCUUUUCACGUAGUUCCGCUGACAGUAAACAACCAACGCAGACCUCCCAACCACACACAGCCAAUAUCUGACAUCGACCAGCAAGUAGCGGGCCAGAACACCGCAACAUCCACCGCUACUUCCACCAGGGGCACCAACACUUCAGCGGCUCCGAGACGGACAUGGACGGAGAGUGAAUGAGCAGACAGCGAGCUUAGCUCACCUGUCAGAGCCGCGGUGAGGAUGGAGAACACCGAGGAGCUCUCACCUCUGCGGAUCACCUCCACAGUGCGAGCGCUCAGCUCCGCACUGCGAGGGAAGAGUGAACACGUCCACGGCUCCGGCCGCGGUGAAAGCGACAGGAUGUUCCCCGAACCGGAGAAGCUCUGGUUCAAGGAGAGCAGCGCGAAAAACCUGCGGAACAGGGACUUCUUGUCCCCGAGCACGAUGCUCAACACGCUGUAUGCGGACGGACAGGUUCCUCUGGCGGUCAUGUCCCGAGUCCUGUCUCUCCGAGGCGGUGGGGUGCUUCCUGUGGCGGGUGGUGAGGUGAUGGGUGAGGGCUUGAGGCUGCGAGUGGACCGGGUUGCAGCUUUCAGGGCUGUCCUGGUAGGCGGAACCACCGAGUAUCUAAAGCCCUCGAGUCAGAGGGAGGGCUGUGUGGUGCUCAACUGUCCUGCGCUGCACCCUAAACCCAACACACCCAGUCCUGACACGCUGAGCCUGGGUCAGCUGAGAACUGUUCUGCUGGCUGACCACAUGGGGGCACUGUUGAGGAGACAAGGAUUUGAAGUGUACUUCUGCCCAACUCUGCCGGAGGGCAGCGACGUCGCCACCUUCUUCCAAGCUCUGGGCAUUGAUUGGCCGACGGCUCCCGCUAACUGCGCGAAUGAUGAGCGGGAGGAGAAGAUCCAGAAAGCGCUAGAGAACUCUCCGUACAGAGAAAGGGGAACAGAGAGAGGCAGGAGGACCAGCGGGGGAGGAGGUAGAAAAGCUGCAGAGGAGGAGAACGAAGGAGGGCUCCGAAUUAAUUUGAAACGGGUUUUCCAAGAGGAAGGGCUGCUAGGGUAUGACCCCACCCUUGGCACCUGCAAAGUUCACAGAGACAGUGUUUCCCACCUGGCACAACUGGAUCUGUCCACGGCUGACAUCACCGAAACCAUGGUAACAGUGCUACAUGUGACUUCUUGUCAGGAUGAGUUUCGCCAGCAGCAGAUAGCAGUGCUGUGGAGAGCCAGUGGAGCGACACACUCUCAGAGACAUCUUGUGUGUGGGCCUGUGAAGACCGCCGGUUCUCACCUCACUGCUGCACAGUACCUACAGCUGAGAAAAGGUCAGAUGAAGGAGGCUUCAGAGAUGAAGUAUGGAGAUAAAUUAGAGGGUCAGACCUGGGAUGACAUCAUCAAAGUUAUGACCUCUGCCACGGUCAGAUUUGAGCUGCUAUCAACAGUUCACACAAGCCCUGUGACGCUGGACGUCCAGAGGGAAGGGGGUGUGUCUACCAAAGGGCCAAGAGGAGGCGUGUUUGUGAUGUAUAACUGCGCCAGAUUGCACACUCUGUUCGACAGCUACGAGAGAGGAGUGGAGAAGGGUCUGUACCCAGAAAUCCCUGAUGGGUCCCAGUUGGACUUCUCUGCUCUCAAAGAAGAGGGUGAGUGGCUUUUGCUCUUCAAUUACCUUAUUCCUUUCUCGGAGCUUCUCGACCAAUCAGGACAAUCAUUAGAUUGUGAAGGAGGAGGAGCCAGAGCGAACAUUAAAACCGAACAGAUCUGUAAAUUUCUCGUCUCGCUCAGUAAAGACUUCAGCUCGUACUACAAUAGAGUCCAUGUGCUGGGGGAACCAUUGCCUCACCUGUUCAACCAGAUGUUUUGUCGUCUCCAUCUGCUAAGAGCCCUGAGGGAGCUGUACCACAGAGCUCUGGAGACCCUUAACCUCCCCCCCAUCAGGCAGCUAUAGCCUCAACAUUACACCAUCAUCCUUCACACUUUGCUUCACCCAAUCCGCCUUCUUUCCUAAACUCUUGCCUGUAUGUCGUGUAUCCAGCUGAGAGACUCAGUGUUACAGAUACUUGUAGGAUUUCUGCCCGUCAGUGUUGGUGGACUUACUGGAACUGAUUAUUUUAUAAAUGUCACUGUAAGAUAGUUGCUCAGUUGCAGAGUUUUGACAGGAAUAAUUUGGCAUUUUGACUCUGAUGAUGGGUAUGGAUGUCAGUAUGACUCAUCCAUUUCAUUCCGACUCAGUCGAUUCUCAUGCGUAUUAGGAAACCUUGAUUUUUUUUUUUCCUCUCCGUCCGUCUGGAGAUCAAUCAAAAAUAUCAAAGUAUUCCUGUACCUUUUUCCAUCAGCACAUCUAGGACCAGAACCGGGACACCAGAAUCGGGCUUUUGAUUUCUGAACUUGUUCUCAGAACAGCACUACUGACAGAUACCGUGUGAUCUGACUCAAAAACACACUGAACCAAACAGAUAUAGUUUGAUGUUUGUGCAAAAAUCGGAGUACUAUGAAUCUACCAGUUGACAGAUUUAGCUCUAAAACCUGCCUUAAUGUCUCCGUGUAUGCGUUUUGACCAACAUUAACUCGAAUCAGAUUAAUUUUGUGUAUUUUAGGAUAAAUUUGAUCAAUUUUGAACCUGAACCUUGAUAUUGAUGGAUGAUUUUGCAUUUUUCUAAUUUACUAUAGAAUAAAAGUCUAAAUCAGAAUAAACAGCCUAAGUUUAGUCACAACAAAAACUCACCUGUUUCAUUUUUGCUGUGUGAACUGGAUGUAUUUAAAGUCUUACGUUUGAAGUUGAUGCCAAUGAAACUGGUUGUUAAAGCUGUUGCUUUAAAGAAAAGCCGAGUCAAACUGACUCUAACUUCAGGUUGAUGCCGUUCUUGAAAGUGGUGAGUAUAUAGAGCACUCUGCAUUUACACAGUGCAUGUAUUUAUUAGCACCACUGGCUUAGAAAAGCUGUAAGAAGAGUUCACCUAUAGCAUACUAAUGUAAGAUCAAACUGGAAAGAUGACAGAAAUCCAACCUUCGUUAAGAUUAUUUAGUUGAGGAAAAACGUUCUAUGAGCCAUGAGGUCCUGCAGCUAGUGGUAGCAUGAUGUACGCAAGUAAAGCAAGCUGCUCCUGUGAGAACCAAGCUAUUUACAAUUUACAGUCAUAAUAAAGCAAUUGGAGCUAUAAUGCACAAGGCUGGAUCAGGACCAAGUUUCUCUCCCUGCCAAAACCCGGGGAGGACGACGAUAAGGGAGGUAGAAAAAAACUUUCAAAGCUCAGUUUUAGGAGAAUUGCAGCUAUUUUUCCCCCCAAUCUAAAAAAACUAAGAAAAUUAAAAUGCAACUUUGUGGCAGAAGUUGAUGAUAACUCGCUCAUUGAGGUUAAAGAAGCUUGUUAAAGUAAACUGGUUUCUGUAAAACUAAACCUUUUUUUUUUUCUGUUGGUCCAAAUCGCAUUCAUGUCUCGCCUCUUUAAAUCACCUCCACUUCUCUAUGCCUAACUGACGUUUACUGAUUCCAGUUCGUCUGUGUAUUUGUUCAUGCCAUAGAUAUAUUUAUUGUUGAUUAUUAAAAAAUAAAAUAGAUAUCUGUACAUUGUGUAUGUUAUGCACACAAGUCUUAAUCUAGAUGUGUUCCUGAAGGUAUCACGUAAAUCCCCAUUAAAUCCCAUCUAUCCUGCUGGACAAAUCACAGCCGUUAGUAUUAUAUUGUGGAGUAAGUUAUUGACAAAAACCCGAGCAGAUAUUAGGUCGUCGUGCCACAAAGUUAGAAAAUAUAAGACAUAGCAUGAAAUUUAUACAUGAAAGUCUUAUUUAUGGAUUUGGGAAGGGGACACUUAAUGGCUGAACUGCUUUUUAAUUUUGUAUUAAACUGAUUAUUUUAUCAGUUUCUUUUGGGGGUUUUUUGUGUUUUUUUUUUUUUUUACAUCUAGCAUACAUUUCAAAAUGAAACUAAAUUGGUGUUUUGUGAACAAACGUCAAACACAAAAAACUCACAUUUUAAAGAUGAUUUCUUUAUUUUGACCCAUGGAGAUGUGUGGUACUUCUGUUUUAUAGACUUUUGUUUGCCAAGAAACGGUGAGACGAUUUUAUUUGCCACUGUAAUUGCAACAGUAUUAAAGCAGAGGACAUGCACAAAUGAA